AUGUCAAUCAGUGGACCGUGUGCCUGGUUGUCGUCGUUACCACCUCCGUCAACCUCCCACUUAUCGGCCAUCACGAAUCACUGGCAGACGACAGGCUCCUGGAACGCGGAGCCGAUCUCACCCAAAGCCCGGGUGUUGCCGUCGAGAUCGCCCCGGUCGUGGGAGAAAGAAGACCCCGCGGGAAAGCGACUCCCGGUCGACAUGCAACCGGCCGGCCUGAAGGCUGAGAAUGCCUUUCCAGCGGCCGCCCCGGCACCCACGGGGGCCUCUGGUUCAUCGGCGACGUACGCGGGCGCCGAGCUGCGAGGGAACCCCUCGGAGCACAGGACCGCGGAGGCGUCGAACGACACGUCCCUGUCGCGGAUGAGGUUGGAUAAGCUCAACCACAGCGAGCCGGUAUUGUCGGCGGCGAGGCCCCAAACGCCGCAGCCGGAGAACACGAAGCGCGAGGUGGAGUCGCGCGAGAACGAGAAAGAUGUGGGAGAGGUGAUUGCCUCGUCGGAUGAGGGCACGGCGUCGCCGGGAAAGAGACCGUUGGAUUCGAAGAAUGAUAAGAAGAAGAUGAAGCGGUUUCGGCUUACACAUAAUCAAACGCGAUUUCUGAUGAGCGAGUUCACCCGUCAAGCGCACCCUGACGCGGCCCAUCGUGAGCGGCUGUCGCGCGAGAUCCCCGGAUUAACACCUCGCCAAGUGCAGGUCUGGUUCCAGAACCGACGCGCGAAGCUCAAGCGGCUGACCAGCAACGACCGCGAGCGCAUGCUCAAGUCUCGAGCGUUGCCGGAUGACUUUGACACGACCCAGGUACUACGCACUCCGUUUGAUGGCAAAGGGCCAGAAGCACCGAUGCUGUUGACGGAUGGGCUUCCCCGACUGAACGACGACGACUAUGUAAUUUCGCCACUGAGCUCGGCGUCAACGACAGGCAACGGCUUCUCUGCGGGCGCCGACCGGAAUCUCGAGGGCUACGCCGCCGGCACGGUUGGCCGGGGCCCGCCGGGGCCCAUGUCGACGCUGCAACGAAAUCGCAACGCGUUCCCGUUCCCGCGCUCGAGCAGUUUCUCCGAGCCGUCAUACAACACCGGACUGCAUUUCCCGGGGCGGUUCUCGCGACCUGGCGAGCCCCUGGCGCACCCAGGGCUGCCGUACGGACGACGCCCGAUGGAUUAUAUGAGCCGGCCGGGGAUGGUGGUCGGGUAUGAGCAGCCACGCCAGAUGGAGGGGUCGGUGUCGCCGACGGGGGCGCCGGAGCAGGCCAUGUCAUACAUGGACGGUCAUAACCAACCAGUCCAUAGCUACCAGUCGCCGCUGACGAUGCCCGCGCCGAAAGGCUACGGACUGGAGAUGAGCUCGCACAUGCAGCCGGGUCGCCAUAUCCCGGCGCUACAGUCGCUGCCGGUCUCCGAGGCCGCGGAGUACCGGCCGUACUCGUACGAACACCACCCGUACAGCAUGAACACGGCACUGCCGUACACGCAGGCCAACGCGUCGAGCAUGAGUCUCCCAGCGUCGUUUCCCUCCGACACGAGCAACGUGACGCACGGCACGACGAGCGCGGCCGACGAGCGGAUGAACAAUCCGCCUGCGGUGAUGGGCGACGCGCUGCGGGCGAAGUACGGGCCGCAGUUUGAAUACGCCAAUUAUCUCUAA